AUGUAUGGACCGCAAAGUCCACAAUUAUUUUCCCCUCAAUUGUGUAAACCGGCAGAAAAAAGAGUACAAAGAAAUGGCCGGAGGAGAGAAGUGGAAUAUCGAUAUCCUCAUCAUGAUGAUGAUAAUGUGAAUAAAAAGAAUGAUGGUCCUCAUGGAAAUACGGUGGGUAAUAAUAAGAAAGGAAGAGAUAACUUAAAGCCAGUCAAGUCUAUUGUAAAAGUGGAUUCUCAUUUGGAUGAUAUUUAUCUUGAUAAUGAUAAUGAUAGUGAUGAUGAUGAUUAUGAUGAUAUGCUUAGACGCCUACAUAAUAGUUUUGAACGGAAUCCUGAAAGAGAUACAGAAGAGGAGAAACUCCAUUUAGUAAGCCACACAGAGAGAAGUAAUCCCUCUUAUUGUGUAAAUACAUUACCAAGUCUAUAUAGAGAUAAACAGNAUCAUUAUCAUAGUAAUUAUCAUCAUUCCAAUCUUCUGGAGCGUCUCUAUAGUAUCCAAGCAGAGAAUACAGUAGAGAAGAAACGUAAUAGAAAAGAUUCCUAUACUCCUCGUAGUGGAAAGUUAAGUCCUAUUGUGAUGUUCACAGGCUCCACGGAAGAUUUUAUCGGCACUCGUCCUUGUCCUUCACGUGGACGUGCAGGCCGCAGCGGUAGUCCAAGUCAAUAUAAUCUUAAUCUUAAU